AUGACGACUGCCUCCGAUAUUACCAUGGGAUCUGGAAAGAUCCGAAUCCUCCUCGUCAAUCCAAAUGCCAGCAAAUUCAUGACCGACAAGUGCAUUGGCAUGGUCAAACCGACGCUGGCACCAGAUGUCGAGGUGAUUGGCUUCACAAGUCCAGAGCCGGCACCUACUGCCGUCGAGGGUAACUUUGAUGGUGUGAUGUCCGCCGCCGCAGCCAUGCGUGCACUUAUUCCUAUUGCACAUCAAUACGACGCCUUCCUCGUGGCAUGUUACAGUGAUCAUGCUCUGAUUCGUAUGCUACGGGAAGAAUUCAUUCAGCCCUCUAUUGGCAUCAUGGAGGCUUCACUAUUUGCUGCUCGGACGUUGGGCAAUCGCUUCGGACUGAUUGCUACCAGCAAGAGAUCGAAAGCUAUGCAUGAAGAUAGCAUUCGACACUAUGGCUUUGACGGCUUCUGCUCUGGCGUCGGUAGCUGCGAUCUAGGAGUUCUUGACUUCGACACCAAGAGUGAAGAUGAAGUGCUUGCCAUCAUGUGUGGAGUCGCCAAAGACCUUGUGGCUCGGGGUGCUGAGUGUCUAACGCUUGGUUGUGCUGGUAUGACCAAACUCAAGAAGGCUGUUGAAGAUGCUGUCGGUGAAGAUGUUCAGGUCAUUGACGGUGUCCUUGCGGGUGUACAGCAUCUCUCAGGACUUGUUCGCAUGGGCGGUCGCACUGCAAAGUCUGGAAUGUAUGCAUCCUCGUCAAAAGGUAGACAGGGCAGAGGACAGUCAUACUACUGA